AUGAUAAGUUUAUUACAGAGCAUUCUUUCUACCCUAAUGAUAGCAGAAUUUGUUCUAGGAAAUUUUGCCAAUGUCUUCAUAGCCCUGGUGAAUGGCAUUGAUUGGAUCAAGAAACAAAAGAUCUCCUUUGCUGAUCAAAUCCUCACUGCCCUGGCGGUCUCCAGGAUUGCUUUGCUCUGGGUAUUAGUAAUAUAUUGGCAUGCAACUGUGUUUAAUCCAGCUUUCUAUAGUUCAGGAGUAAGAACUAUUGUUCAUAUUGCCUGGACAGUAAGCAACCACUUUAGCCUCUGGUUUGGUACUAGCCUCAGCAUACUUUAUUUGCUCAAGAUAGCCAAUUUCUCCAGCCUCUUCUUUCUUCACCUAAAAUGGAAAACUAGAAGAGUGGUUCUCAUGAUACUGUUGGGCUCUUUGGUCUUCUUGGUUUGUCACCUUGCAGUGGCGAGCUUAGAUGGCAAAAUGCAGAUGAACACUUAUGAAGGAAACCUCACUUGGAAGACCAAGUUGCAGGACAUUGUACAUCUUUCAAAUAUGACUGCAUUUACACUUGCAAACUCCAUACCAUUUACCAUGUCCCUGAUGGCUUUACUGCUGUUACUCUUUUCCCUGUGGAAACAUCUCAAGAAGAUGCAGCUCAGUGGCAAAGGAUCCCAAGAUGCCAGCACCAAGGUCCAUGUAAGAGCCAUGCAAACUGUCAUCUCCUUUCUCUUGCUAUUUGUCAUUUACUUCUUGGUUCAAAUCAUCACAGUUUGGAAUUCUUAUAUGUUGAAGAACAACUCAGUUGGCAUAUUUUUUGAUGCUCUUGGAUUCCUGUAUCCUUCAAGUCAUUCCUUUAUCCUGAUUUGGGGUAACAAAAAGCUAAGACAGGCCAUUCUGUCAUUUCUGUGGCAACUGAGGAGCUGGCUGAAAGAAAGAAAUAAAGUGGGGGACCAUUUGUCUUUUGGCAGAAAACUGUGA